UGAUAUUCGAUGGCACAUGGUUGUUUUGUUGUUAUACGCGCCAAAAUCAUACAACUCUCGAAAAAAUCGCUUGUCUGUUGAAAGGGCUCAAGUAUGGAGACGGAAAUGAUAAAAGCUGUUCGUCUAGAAUACAUCAGACUUCGUGAGAAACGACAGAUGAAGCGAAAGGAGUCCGCGAAGAGGGACUUUAUUGCCAACAGGCAGAAAAUUCGAGAGCAGCUGCGUAAACGGAAACAGAAAAUUGAGAAUGUUACAUCUUGUCCUAUAGUAGGAUCUGCAUUAUUAACAGAGCAAAUGCAACGCCCUGCUCGUAAGUGUACUGCUAGCAGCGGCUUUCAUCAUUCCACCCAACACACCCUACUGCGCACUAUGUGUGCUGUGACGCCAAUACCAAACUUCUUUACCUGGUCUCCCCUCCAGCAGAACUUUGUGGUUGAGGAUGAGACUGUUCUUCACAAUAUUCCAUAUAUGGGAGAAGAUGUCAUUGAGAAAGACAAUUCCUUCAUCGAAGAACUCAUCAAGAACUAUGAUGGCAAAGUACACAAUACACGAAUGCUGGAUGACUAUACUUUGACAGAUGAUUUACUAGUGGAGCUGAUUGAUGGUGUUCUUGCGACUUCAAGCAAUGUGGCAAAGGAAUCAGACCCCCAAGAGACCAAGGGAACAGAAACAAAGGAUGGGCAAAGCGGGGCCACUGAUUCACAAGCUGUUGUCCCAUCUGAUGCCUUGUUUGAAGCCAUAAUAAAGUUGUUUCCUGAAAAAUCAUGGAAAUUGGUGGACAUCAAAUCAAGAUACAAUGAUGCAAAAACUCGGAUAGAGGGUCAUGCCCCCCCAGAAUGCACCCCUAACAUCGACAGCCCCGAGGCACAGUCUGUUUCACGAGAGCAAAGCUUGCAUUCAUUUCAUAUGUUGUUUUGUCGUCGAUGCUACAAGUAUGACUGCUUUCUCCAUGGAUGGCGAUCAUUUCCAAGUCAAGCUAAAAGAAAGAGCCCAGUGGAUCUCCAGGAGUCGUCUCCCUGUGGGCCUGACUGUUGGUUACAUAUUAAGAAUGCGGCUGUGAGUCCUUCAGGCUCGCCUGGCAAGUCAGAGUCCUCUUCUCGCAAGAGAAGCAAAGGGAGGAAGAGUAGCCAGCAUUCCCAAGGCUUCCCGAGUCCUGACUCUGCCAGUCCAACCAAGAAAAGUGCAGAUGAGCUGUCUUCCCAGCAGUCGGAAUGGAGCGGCGCAGAAGCCUCCCUUCUUCGUGUCCUGCGUACGGUCUACUUCAAUAACUACUGUACCAUAGCCAAACUUAUAGAGACAAAGACAUGCAAGGAGGUGUACUUCCGUGCAUUUGGUGAAUCAGAGGAGAGUCUGCCAGUGGUAGAUGACACCAACACGCCUCCCAGGAAACGAAAGCGGAAGCACAGAAUGUGGUCUCUCCAUUGCCGAAAAAUUCAGCUCAAGAAAGAUAGCACAUCUACACACGUGUACAACUACAUACCCUGCGACCAUCCUGGACUUCCAUGUGAUCAGUCCUGUCUAUGUGUAAUGACACAGAACUUCUGUGAGAAGUUUUGCCAGUGCAACUCUGAUUGCCAGAACCGCUUUCCUGGGUGCCGAUGCAAAGCUCAGUGUAAUACCAAACAGUGCCCAUGCUUUUUGGCAGUUCGGGAGUGCGACCCUGACCUUUGUGGCACAUGUGGUGCCGAUAAUUUUGAUCAGGACUCUAAGACUUGUAAGAAUGUGAGCCUACAACGUGGACAGCGGAAGCACAUGCUGCUUGCUCCGUCAGAUGUAGCGGGAUGGGGGAUAUACAUCAAACAAUCAGUCAAGAAGAAUGAAUUUAUCAGCGAGUAUUGUGGCGAGGUUAUUUCUCAAGACGAAGCAGAUAGAAGGGGCAAGGUUUAUGACAAAUACAUGUGUAGUUUCCUGUUCAAUUUGAAUAAUGAUUUUGUGGUGGAUGCCACUCGGAAAGGGAACAAGAUCCGCUUCGCUAACCACUCGAUCAGCCCAAACUGCUAUGCAAAGGUGAUGAUGGUGAAUGGAGAUCAUCGCAUCGGGAUAUUCGCCAAGCGCGAUAUCGAGGCUGGAGAGGAACUCUUCUUUGAUUACCGAUACAGCGCAACGGACGCUCUCAAGUUCGUCGGUAUUGAGAGAGAUGUGGACUUUGCUUUGAGGUAAUACCACGGAGAGAAGAUGACAUAAUUUGAGGUGAAGCCACGGACUGGAGAUGACAUGCUUUGAGAUGAUGCCGCGAACAUGAGCUUCUCUCGAGCUGUGUGCAUAAUUUGUCCUUUUAGAAACAGUAAUGCUUUUUCAUAACAAAAACCUAAUAUCAUGAUGCAAUUUUUUCACCAUUUCUUUGAUUUCAAAUGGAAGUGCAUUUAGUUCCUAUUAAAGUUUGUGUCACCCAACCUUUAUGACCAGCUUAGGGUACAACUGUUGUUUGUUAACGUCUGCAGUGUAUGAUGUCAAAAUAAAUUAUGUUUUGCCUACUA